AUGAAGAAAAUGAAAAGGAAGAGAAAGAAAAAAGCCAGUGCCUUUUGUUAUGUGGGCAUGGAAUAUGUGCUCUUGCCGUACCGAUUCAGUGAUCUUUCAGUCGAUUCAGAGUCUGCUGUUUUCAUUGAUUUGCUAGUCAAGGGGCUUUUAGUGCCAGUGAAGUUCUUGACAAAUAGCCAGAAAGCAGCCACAUUAAUCAAGUCAAGUUCUACAGAAAUUUUGGAAUAUUCAUCAGAUAGUGAAAAAGAAGUUGACUCGGAAAAUGUCCUAUUCAUUGAUUCAGAAUCCCCUCACAAAUACCACAUGGAGUUUGGAUUGGAUACAAGACAGGUUAUAAAGAGACUGAUAGACCCAGGGGCAGAAUCGACAGAGACCGUCUUGUAUACACCCCAGAAACGGACACCUAAGUAUCCCAGGACUCCAGAAAGUUCAACAAAGAAGAAACUUUUAAGAGGCGGGCUAGCAGAAAGACUGAGUGGGCUACAGAACCGAGAGAGAUCUGCCAUUUCUUUGUGGAGACAUCAGUGUGUUCCUUACCAAAAGACACUUUCAGGUAGAAAAUCUUGUGUAUUAACUGUGAAAAUCCUAGAGCUGCACGAGGAAUGCACCAUGCAAGUUGCCAUGUGUGAACAGUUAUUGGGGCCACCAGCCACCAGCCCCUCCUGCAGUGUGGCUCCCAGGCCUGGAGCCAGCCUCAGAGUUCUCUUCACCAAGGAGACUGCAGGCCACCUCAGGGGUCGUCCCCAGGACAUUGUCCACAUCUUCCCUCCCUGGCAAAAACUAAUUAUUCCAAAUGGAAGUUACCCUGUUAUUCUGAACACUCAUUUUUGUGAGAAAGUUGUUCCCAAGGAAGAUUCAGAAAUAACUUAUGAAAAGUACCAUCAGGAUAUACCCCUUCCAAGAAGAAGCAUCACUUUGGCCCAGAUAUUUAGAAUUAAGGGUCUAACAAAUAAUUCACCUGAAAUUCAGGUUGUGUGCAGUGGUGCGGCCACCAUGGGGACAAGCAUGACCCACCAGCAUGAAGAAGCCAGACAGCACAUCCCAACCAGCACUCCCCUGAGGGACUCUCUCCUGGACGUGGUGGAAAGCCAGGGAGCUGCUCCAUGGCUGGGAGCUGGAGUCCGAGUGGUAGUGCAGAGAAUGUACUCUCUUCCUGGCAAAGACAGCACCAGGGGCCAGCAGGGGUGCAGCUCAGGGCACACAGACCCCCUUGGAGCUCGGAUGACUUUCUUUGAUCUCUUGCUCUACCCCAAAGAUCUUUCUGUUAGUGCAUUUAAGGACAAGCUUGGCCACUAUGUAUUUUCUCAUUCGGGCAGUGUCACUUUUCAGAGAUCAGUGAAAGCUUAUCUUCUGAUGGCAGACAGCUCAGUUGCUGCCAACUUUGAAAUGAAAGGAAAUAUAUAUGAAGCCAACCAGUCCUUUUCAGGGUCAAAUUCAUAUCCAGACGUGAUAUAUGCAACCAUAGUUCUAAGUUUGCAUCUGAACCUGUCCGUGGUGAUUUUCCAGCACCUGUUAUCCAUCAAGAUCAAGAACGAUUUCAAGGUGGCCCUACAUAAAAGGCACGGGAUUUUUUCCUUCCUGUUCCUGACCUUUCCCUGGAAACUUUUGUUCUUAAAAGAGACUGGAGACCUGACCCCGUCGUCGUGGGCCCCCCCCCCCCCCCCCACCGCCAGUGCCUGCAGCUGCAAUUGGCAGCAGCACUGUGGCCACACUGGAACUUUCCUGUGA